UCCCCUCGGCCCCGCUCGGCUCCUCUGAUGUUGUCUGUCGUCGUCCCUCUCGUCCUCCUCUCAGUGUUGUUGUUCCCGGUGACGCGGCGGAGGUGUAGCCUGACGCGGGCUCUUACGUGUCGGCCUGAAUAAAAGUGGAGCUCCGGAGCCCCGGGAGUGACGAAGCGAGUUGUGUCGGUUUCAGAUGAAGAUGGAGGCUGGUGCAGACACUCAGCAAAGUGGUGACACGGCUGUCUCUGAGUCUGAGGCCCAGCACAUCACUCUGGCCCAGGCGUCCAUCGCUGCAGGUCAGGUAACCACCAGUGGUCCCACAGUCACCUUAGUGCAGUUACCCAACGGUCAGACGGUCCAAGUGCACGGAGUGAUCCAAGCUGCACAGCCCUCCGUCAUCCAGUCCCCACAAGUCCAGACAGUACAGAUUUCGACUGUUGCCGAGAGCGAAGACUCUCAGGAGUCCGUGGACAGUGUGACCGAUUCUCAGAAGAGGAGAGAGAUCCUGUCCAGACGACCGUCGUACAGGAAGAUCCUGAACGACUUGUCGUCAGAUGCUCCGGCCGUUCCUCGAAUUGAGGAGGAGAAAUCGGAGGACGACUCAGCUCCUACAAUCACCACCGUCACCAUGCCCACUCCCAUCUAUCAGACCAGCAGCGGCCAGUACAUUGCCAUAACGCAGGGCGGGGCCAUCCAGCUGGCCAAUAACGGCACAGAUGGCGUGCAGGGACUGCAGACUCUGACCAUGGCCAACGCUGCUGCAGCACAGCCUGGUGCCACCAUCCUGCAGUACGCUCAGACCAGCGACGGCCAGCAGAUCCUGGUGCCUAGCAACCAAGUGGUCGUACAAGCCGCUUCUGGUGACGUCCAGGCCUAUCAGAUCCGCACGGCCCCCACCAGCUCCAUCACUUCCGGGGUGGUGAUGGCGACUUCGCCCGCUCUGGGCUCAGUGGGAGGCACAGAGGAGGUCACACGUAAAAGGGAGGUCCGACUUAUGAAAAACAGAGAGGCCGCCCGCGAGUGUCGCAGGAAGAAGAAGGAGUACGUCAAGUGUCUAGAGAACCGCGUGGCCGUGCUGGAGAACCAGAAUAAAACCCUCAUCGAGGAACUAAAAGCCCUCAAAGACUUGUACUGCCACAAAUCUGAGUAGUAUCAUCACCAAACGCCUGCCAGGAGCUCACUCGGUGCCCGUCUGUCGCCCCGUACAGAGACUGAGCUCAGAGACGCUCCGGGACGUCACCGCCCCUUUUCUACUCUUUGCUUUCUUUAUAAAGACUGCAGAAAAUCUGUAAAGUGACUCACCAGGAUUACAACUAAAUAACACCCCUCUCUGGUCCCGUCACCGGUUUUAAUCCCUAAAUCUGUUCCCGUGGGUCUGACGGCGUGGCGAGCGGACGCGGUGGAGACCUCGACUCUACGGGGUCCUCGCGGUGGAACGGACAAUGAGGCUGUUUUUGUGUCACACCCCCAAAGGGAAGUGUUCCAGUCACUGGACGAACUGGGCGACAUCACCAGCAACGGGGAACAGCUCGAUCACGUCACCACCGACGACGACGACGGACAUUUUUACACUUUCAAAUCCAGAGAGACGCUCUGAAGUCUCGACGUUUCCUUUGUGUGCGACGUUUGUAAUCGUAACUGAGCUCUUGCAUUAACAUCUGUUACUUACUAAUGCUUUGAACUAUAGAUUGGCUGCGUCAUGGAUAUUUUAUCUUUUGGUUUAUGUGUAAGAUUAUCUGCUCUGAUGCCAUUUACUUUUUGUUAAACUCUUGUUUACCUUGCCUUGAUACAUGGAACAAAACUGACCUUCAGGUCGGGUUGUGAGAUUCGGUUCAUGUGAGUUGCAGCUUUAAAAAACAUGGUUAAGACUGGAGAACGUGGACGGCACUGAAUCUAGAAAAUCACAUGUAAAGUCACUGAUCUCUGUUCUCAGUCAUAACUGAUUUAAAUUUUCAUCCAUCUUCUCAACAAACACCCAGAUUCAAAUGAGUGGCGGAUCAAUCUGAACAGCCGGAGUUUGUUUUUCUGAUUUAGAACAAACAACUUCCUCUCGUAUUUAUCUGCUUCCUGUUGCUGGUGCAAAUAUAAUUUAAACAAAAAACAUUGUUUUUAUUGUUUUCAUCUAUAUUUGUUUUCUCUUUGCCUGGUUUUUAAAGUUAGUUUCAUAAAUUCUGAACCCCCCCCCCCC